AUGUUUGGCGCUACCUGGAGCCUCCUACUAAUUUUGCCGAUUGUUUCGAUGAACACAACCACUGAAACCGAGGCUCCUGGAACGGAAGCUUGCGAAGCGUACUGCGAACGACAUGCUGGUCUGGUUCUCAGUACGUUGGGAUCAAGCAACAUCACAGAGGAGCUUCAAGCAAAAAUCGAAACGUACCUUAAUUGCGAGGACGAGUGCCUACUUGCCGUGGCGCGCAGCCACUGA